UUCUCAAAAAAAUGAACUUCUCUAAGCUUCCAGCUUCCGCUUCGGCUUCCGACCCCUGAUAUAAACAUAAUUUUCUCCGGGACUUCGGUCCGUGUUCCGAGAUCCGUUUAAGGUCCGUUUCCUGUUCCGGAACAAAGUCCUUUUCCUGUUCCGGAACAGAUUUAUCGUUUGCGGAACGGUCCGUUAAUGUUCCGGAACAGAUUCAUGGUCCUGUUCAAGGUCCGUCAUUGUUCCGGAACAAAAACAAGGUCCGCGGAACAAAACGGACCUUAGUUCGCACACCGAUGUUCUGCGUAUUAUUCUCGCGGUUAGAAAUUUUUAACUGUUCAGUAAAUUAUUUUUUGAAUUUUUUAAUAGAGUGUGUUCAGCAACUCAAUGCAUGAAAAAACACUGUUAAAUUUUUUUUUGUGAAAACUUUAAAGUGUAGUGAAUGAAAAAAAAUGCCGCUGAAAAAAAAUAUUAAAGAAGGCAUUUAUGCAUUUUUCGAUUAUGACAGCAAAAAAAAACAAAGGAAUUUGCAAGCAGGAAGACUGUCCUUUUUGUUCCGGACCUGGUGCGGAACAGGUUUGCGUUUAGCGGAACGGUCCUUUUCCUGUUCCGGAACAGAUUUAUCGUUUGCGGAACGGUCCGUUUUUGUUCCGGAACAAGUUCAUGGUCCCCUUAAGGUCCGUUUCCUGUUCCGGAACAGGAAAAAGGUUCCGGACCGAAGCCCUGAUUUUCUCUGA